AUGCAUGAUCGCAUACACGCAACAAAGACCAUUCACUCCAAGAAUGGGCCUCCAUCUCUCCUCUCCCUUCCUCCCGUCAUUCGAUGUCAAAUCUACCGCGACGCUGGGCUCAUCUGCGACUCCGAUAUCGAUUUCAAUGGGCGACUCAAUGCCGGUUCAUGGCCCCCUUCGGCGACCCCUUCGGCUGACUACCAGAACUCUUACAACUUACUCCUAAUUUGUCGUACUGUCAACACUGAGGCCUCGUGCAUUCUAUACUCCACAAACACAUUCUUUAUUCAAUACAAUGAUGCUCGCAGCUUCGAAAUGCUCAGGAACUUAACGGCGGAUUCUAUUGCACUAUUAACUCAACUUACGGUCCAUCUCAAUGUAGCAUCAUGUGAGAAGUGUUGCAAUGUUUUGGAGCGUACACUCAGUUCCAACAAGAAGGGUCAGAUUUGUUGCAAGGCACACCCAGGAAAAUCAGGCCUCUGUCUUAAACAUGACAAACCCCUGGGAACCUCGUCACCAGCAAUUAUUUCCGAGUGGGUUAACACGGCCCGUUAUAUCUUAGCUCGGAUCGAACCUUUCCGUCUUCGCAUAUAUUUUGUCUGCGACGUGGACGGGCUUGAAACAGCAAAGUAUCUAGUAGAGCCCUUCCGCAGCAUUCCAACACUUGCAGACUGUAGCAUCCGCCUGAGCGGACAGCCUGACCCUCUUCUACGAGAUUUGGCUCAGGAGGUCGCAACUCAAGCCAUGGGAUACCAGCACCGCUCGAGUCAUAGUCAGACUCAGUCCGCCUUCCGGUUCUUGGACUUGCCGCAAGAACUCCGUCUCCAAAUCUUAGAAUAUACGGAUCUCGUCACGCCCCUCUGUGAAGUAGAAUGGAGCCCCGAAAACAAUUUUUACCUCCAUUACUACAGAAGGGGAUGUGGUGGAUCGUUUGAAGGCUACUUGGACUGCCCUGUCGACUUUCAUCAGGCUUGCCAAUUUACCGAACCUUGGCACGUGGGUUGCUUUUGCCGCCGCUACCACGCUGCAUUCUCAUCAAAAUGCCGCUGCUGGUCUCCACCUACCUCUCUAUUUCUCAUAUGCAAGCAAUUGCGAGAAGAUGCUCAGGCGGUCUUUUUCGCCCAAAAUCGGUUUAUUAUUGUCCCCCCAGGAGGAUGCACAUCUCCUGCUGAAAGCACCCCCGCCCGUCUUGGGAUAUCUAUUUUCCUAACGGAUGUUAUUCCUCCCCAAGCACUUCCACUACUAAGAUCUAUUGAAAUCGUCUUCCCGCCAUUUUACGACGACUACCUCCGUCCUCAUGAAACCGCUUACCAAGACUGGCUUCAAACUAUUGAGCACGUGAGCGGGCUACUCAAUCUCCCGAUGCUCACAUUGAGCAUCUACAUGGCGGAUUGUAUCCUUCAUGGCGAACAUGUUGCCGAUUUCCGGAAAACUUUGACUAAAGAGCAGGGCAUGGCGAUCAUCAAAAUGUAUGCGCGGACUCUCGGGCCAUUGUCGAAACUACGAGAGAAUAGAUUAGGCCGAUUUUUCGUCCGUCUUGCUUGGCCUUUCGCUCACACUCAGUUCGGGCUCGGGAAUCCGACAUCGGCACGGGAACAGAGUGCAUACUUGCAGCAGCGGAUUGAGAGACUUGUUAUGGGGGAUGAUUACGAUAGCACGGUGGUUCAGACAAAGGAUUCAGGGAAUAAUAAUAGUCAAUGGCUGCAGGAAGCUUACGCUGACCCCAUGUCCUCAUAG